UAGCCUCUCUUUUCUUCCCGGACCGAACCUAGGCAAUUAUGCAGAGAUCGAUGUAACCCAAGCUUUUCUCCUAACCCCCUGUUUAUUUCGAGGGCAAAGGACACAAUUUUGGGUUAUGUCAACACUGGGUGAUGAUGAAGUAGGCUUGAUACUCGACUGGGUCGAUGACCCAUAUGCCAGAAAAUCUCUCUCUGUGGUCUGCAAGCAAUGGCUGAGGGUGGAGGGUCUUACCCGGUUAUCCAUAAGGGUUCUAGACCUCGAUUCCUUUCGUGGUUUCAUACCAGGAUUCUCAAAUUUAGUUACCUUCGCAUGUUCACGACGGAUCACCGAUGACGACCUUAGAUUCUUGGCCCAAACAUGUCCCAAAAUCGAGGCCCUCAACCUUAAUUUGAAACCCCCACGUGAAAAUUCUGAUGAGUUUGAUCAACCCUGCGAUGAUGUUGGCGACGAUGGUCUAUGUGCUUUAGCAAUCGGAUGUCGCAAGUUGUCGAAAGUUUUGCUGCGAAGGAGGAAGAAUAUUGGGGAUGUUGGAGUUGUUUCGCUUAUCAACUUGGCAUCAACUUUGACGAACUUGGAUUUGGGUUGGUGCAAUUUGAUUACGGAUCAAGCUCUUGCAGCGAUUGGGGAGACAAGUUCUAUCACUAUUUUGAAUUUGGAAAGGUGUUCUUUAAUUACAGAUGGUGGGCUAACUUCUUUGGCAACAAUGGCUUUGUCGAGGUCUUUGAAAAAGUUGGUCCUUGCAGAAUGUGAUCAAAUUACCGAUAAUGGGGUGUCCCUUUUGCAGCAAAUGUAUUGCUUGGAGGAGCUAAAUAUGGCAGAAUGCGGGCCAAAAAUCACUGAUAUUGGAGGCGUGGCAAUUGCUACAAUUCAAACUCUCAAGAGACUAAAUUUUUCUUGGUUGAUUAAUGUAUCAGAUCCAACACUUUUCGCACUUGCUGAGAAUUGCCAGAAACUGGUUGCCGUUGAUUUUACGGGCUGUGAGUUAAUAACUGGAGCUGGAAUUCGUGCCUUCUCAAAUCAUACAUGUUUAGAAACUCUAGUGUUUCCUUCAUGUUACAACAUCGGUGUUCAUGAUUUGGAAAAUGUGGUGCUUGGAUGUCGCUCAUUGAGGUGUGUUGUGCUGGAUAAAAGACUGAAAACGUGGCUAACACCAAUGAUGCAAGAGUACAUUAGCAUAUUCUGUGAUCUAUAUUGGAGGUGAUCAAUAACUAAAGAACAUUUAUUUAGUUGGUUUGGAUCA